AGAAACAAAAAUCUAUGCUCCAAACCCAAAUCCGAAACCAUAAUUUAUUAUUAUUAUUGAUUAUUGAUUAUUGAUUAGUACAAUAUAAGCUACAUUUGGUGCAAUCACUAUGCUGGUGAAGGCAUCUUUUUACUUCUAAAAUUGCAUUUGGUGACCAAUUAAGUCGUUGGUCUUUCGCUUUCUAUAUCUGAUCAAGUUCCCUCUUGAACCGCUUGUUCUUGCUUUUUGACUCCAUCUGAAGCAACCCAUCAUUUUUCCCCUCUUUCUUAAGCUAUUUGCUAUGGUGGGUCUUUGUUUAUUCCACUGGAUUCCUUCUAAUCAGCUUCAACUGAGAAGUGGGUUGUUGAAUUUGAGUUGAACUUUUUGGAAUUUGAUAUGGUUUCCACUGAAAGGUUGGAGCUUUGGUUGUUUAAGAGGAGGAAGGUUCUGGGAAUUUUGUUCCAGAUUGUAUUUGGAUGGUGGGUUGUUCUACUGUUUCUUCGUCCUGUGGUGGGUCUCAGACCCUUGAGGGAUAGAACUCGGUCCUCGGGUGAUGAGUGGCUAUUUACAAGAAAAGACGAGAGUGACUUAGGUCCAUUUUCACAAUGGAAUAUAACAGGAACUUACAGAGGGUCUUGGAAGUUUUUAGAUACCACAAAUGGAUCUUCCAGGUUUCCAGAUAUCAGAAAAACAAAUGGCAAUUCCUUAAUUGAAUUAGUUAGUACGCCCACAAAGAUAACUGGAGUACAUUAUGUCCAGGGGGUAGUUAUAUUCCAUGAUGUGUUUGAGAAUGAAUACGAUGUUGGUGGUGCUCAAAUCAGAGUAGAAGGUGUGUAUAUAUGGCCUUUUAGACAGCUUCGAAUGGUAGCCAACAGUGGAAAAGAGGGAGAGUUAAAUCAGGAUGAAGAUUAUAUUUUAUCAAAUCCAUAUCAUCUGCUUGGAGUUUUCUCUUCUCAGGUACUGCCAGAUUCUUCGCGAGAUAAGAUGUGGAGAAGAAAACAUUCCCUGAUGCAAGACAUGGAGAAACAUUGUAAUAUUGAAAUUGCUGCACAGGUUUCACACUUGCCAUCAUCAAAAAAUGAAGGCGAGCAUGAUCAGUUUCAUUUAGAAGGGUUAAUGGAGAGUCCCUCUGCUGAUGAUGAUGGGGACUGCUUCUCACCAUUACUACUAAAUGCAACUUCUGUUAGAAUUGAGGUCUACUAUAACAAAGCAGUGAACUAUACCUUGAUGGUUACUUUUAUAUCUUUCUUGCAAGUUCUUCUAUUGAUUCGUCAAAUGGAGCAUAGCAGCACUCAAUCUGGGGCUGCUAAGGUUUCAAUAUUAAUGAUUGGCCAGCAAGCAAUAAUGGAUGCAUAUCUUUGUCUUUUACAUCUGACUGCGGGAAUACUGGUUGAAUCCUUGUUUAAUGCUUUUGCAACUGCUGCAUUUUUCAAGUUUGUGGUUUUCUCAAUAUUUGAGAUGAGAUAUCUCCUUGCCAUCUGGAAGGCAAAUAGGCCUUUGAGUAAUGGGGAAGGUUGGGAGACAAUGAGGCGUGAACUUUCAGUUUUAUACAGUCGUUUCUAUGGGAUCCUGUUGGGAGGCAUUCUACUCAUGUAUGAGUUCCAUAAUUAUUUGAGACCUAUUCUUCUUCUUAUGUACUCCUUUUGGAUACCUCAGAUAAUCACCAAUGUCAUUCGUGAUUCACGCAAACCACUGCAUCCUCAUUAUAUCUUAGGGAUAACUGUUACUCGGCUAGCAAUCCCAUUUUAUAUUUUUGGUUGCCCUAACAACUUCAUGCGCAUAGAACCAGACAAGAGCUGGUGUGCUUGUUUGGCUGUAUUUAUUUGGCUUCAAGCAGCAAUUCUUCUGCUUCAGCACUAUCUUGGGUCGCGAUUUUUCAUUCCUCAUCAGAUCCUACCCGAGAAAUACAGCUAUUAUAGGAGGUUUGAUCAGGGUACAAGACAUUCUACAGAUUGUGUUAUUUGCAUGACAACCAUUGAUCUUUCCCAAAGAUCUAAUGAUUGCAUGGUGACACCUUGUGAUCAUUUCUUCCAUUCUGGUUGUUUGCAAAGAUGGAUGGAUAUAAAGAUGGAGUGUCCAACUUGCCGUCGCCCACUACCACCUGCAUGAAGAGCUUUUCACUGUUUAUGUCAAUAGGAUCAACUAACCCUCCUUCAACUUGAUAGUUUAACUAAUAUGCUUAAUGGCAUCCUAGUUUUACUUAGUUUUGCUUUUAAUAUUACAAGAGAUAAAUGAAAUCACACGGACUUUGGUGGUCACUUUUUUUUUUUCCCUGAUGUUGAGGACUGGAGGUUUCUUAUUCUCAUAGACCUUAUUCCAGAUGCUAAGAGUAUGGUUUUUGUACAUAUUUUGGAAAGGCAACGAACGCAAUUGUAAUUUUUUUUUUCUUCUAAAUAUGAAUAUAUUUUUAUUGUUUUUUCCUUUGUGA